GAAAACUGGCGAAGCCCCACUCGAAAAAGGUCCAGAAACAUGAGAGGUCGAGGAAAGUAUCAAAAAAACAACACAUAUACAUACAGACAAUCGAUAUAGAUAUAGAGAGAGAAACCCAUUUUGUUGGGGGAAAAAAAAAAAAAGAGAUCAUUCCUCAAAGAUCUUGAUCGACGACAGAAAAGGGGAGUGUGUGUUCUUGGUGUUUGUGUGUGUGUGUUUCUGUUACUGGGUCGUCUUCAUUGAUUUCAGCAAAGAAAAAAAAACAAGAUUUUAUACAGAGAUGCAAAAGAAAAGAUGGAGGAAGUUAGGGUUGAUGAGGAGAGUGCUAACGUGCGCCAUAGCUUUGAUAUCAUUUGUGGCUCUGUUUUCUGCUCAUUUGCAUCUGUUCUUCCCUCCUUCCCAAGUUUCCAUGCUUCCUGAUCCUUAUAAGCUGCCUACGCAACAUGAAAUUCGAUACCAAAAGUUGAGCAGAGAGCGAAGCUGGAUUCGACCCCAUUUAUCAAAAGCUCCUCUCCCUGCUCUCAAGUUGGAUGGUGCUAACGGCUCAUCGGAUUUCAACAAGUUGUGGAAGCGGCCACCAAACCGUGACUUUGCCCCUUGCGUUGACCCAAGUUUAUCCUAUAUAGCUCCACUAGAAACUCGAGGUUACUUGCUUGUUCAUACAAAUGGCGGGCUCAAUCAAAUGCGUGCUGGGAUAUGUGAUAUGGUAGCUGUUGCCCGGAUUAUAAAUGCUACUCUUGUGGUACCAGAGCUCGAUAAACGCUCGUUCUGGCAGGACACUAGCAACUUCUCGGAUGUAUUUGAUGAAGAUUAUUUCAUUAAAUCGUUGGUUAAUGAUGUAAAAAUCAUCAAAAAACUUCCACGAGAAUUAAUGACUGCCACAAGAGCGGUUAAGCACUUUAGAAGCUGGUCAGGUAUCGAUUACUACGAGCAAGAGAUUGUAAGUUUGUGGGACGAUUAUCAGGUUAUUCGGGCAGCCAAAUCUGAUUCAAGACUAGCUAAUAAUAACCUUCCUCCGGAUAUUCAGAAAUUGCGUUGUCGUGCAUGUUACAAGGCCCUCCGAUUCUCGCCUCGCAUAGAAGCAAUGGGAAAAUUGUUGGUGGACCGGAUGAGGUCUUAUGGUCCUUACAUUGCCUUACAUCUGCGAUAUGAAAAGGACAUGCUUGCUUUUAGUGGAUGCACACAUGAUUUAUCCAUUGAAGAAGCUAAUGAACUUACGGCUAUUAGAGAAAAUACGUCGUAUUGGAAAGUGAAAGAUAUUGAUUCCACAGAACAAAGAGCAAAAGGGUAUUGUCCAUUGACUCCAAAGGAAGUUGGAUUUUUCCUUCGGGCUCUUGGAUUCCCACCGACAACUCCUAUAUAUAUUGCCGCCGGAGAAAUAUAUGGCGGUGAUUCACGAAUGGCCGCUCUACAAUCUCGCUUCCCCACAUUAAUGAAAAAGGAAAAAUUGGCAACUGCCGAGGAGCUUGAUCCGUUCAUCAACCAUGCAUCUCAAAUGGCUGCUUUAGAUUACAUUGUGUCGGUGGAGAGCGACAUUUUCAUUCCCUCUUAUUCUGGGAACAUGGCAAGGGCAGUUGAGGGUCAUCGACGCUUUUUAGGACACAGAAAAACUAUUUCUCCCGACAGAAAACUCCUUGUUCGUAUUUUCGACAAAAUUGCUAAUGGCACCAUGAAAGAAGGGAAAAAACUCUCAGGUCGGAUAAUUGAGAUUCACAAAAGACGGCAAGGUUCACCGCGGAAAAGAAAAGGUCCCAUCUCAGGGACAAAAGGAACGGAUAGAUUCCGUUCAGAAGAGGCGUUUUACGUGAACCCUUUGCCCGACUGCUUAUGUCAGAAGGAAUCAACAGAGAACGAAAAUAGCACGAUGGUGAUGAAAUAGACAAAAAACGACUUGUUUUGUCCAUUUUGAAAGCUGGUUUUCGGGGAUUAUUGCAGGCGUUGUAUAUCGAUGAGGAAGUAGUAGAUACAGUUUAGAUGAAAGCUGUUUGAGAGAGAAGGAUAGUUGAUAGAAGAAUUAGAGUAGUGUUCUGUGUAUUCAAUCCAUUCUUAAAAGGACAUGUUAUUGAAAGCAAAUAAAUAGUGAAAGAUAGCAGAAAGUUUAAUUAGUUACCUCUUAUAUUAUUACA